CAGCCCCGCCCCCGCCGCGGCGGGCAGGACCGUGCGGGUUGCGGGCUGGCACCGGGCCCGCCCCGCCCAGCACCGGCACCGGCACCGGCCCGGCCCAUGGAGGCUCCGGGAGCGGCCGGCACUGCAGGCAGCCGGUGAGUCCAGCCCGGAGCGGGGCAGCGUGGCCGGCGGCGUGGCCGGUGGCACAGUGUAACCAUGCAGGCGGAGGCCAGAGGCGAUUUCUGCAGCAGGGAACAGCACCCCGGUGCUGCUAUCACAGAGCUCAGCAAGGAGCCGCUGGCCCCGGAGCACCUGGUGGGGACCCCUGUCCAUGGGCCAGCACAGGAGCCCCCCGAAGCCCCUGCGGAGGAGCAGGGUGGCAUCCCCAUCCCCAGUGCCGGCCUGCUGCAGGUCACCGAGCGUAGACAGCCCCUGAGCAGCGUCUCCUCGCUGGAGGUGCACUUUGACCUGCUGGACCUGACCGAGCUGACCGACAUGUCGGACCAGGAGCUGGCUGAGGUCUUCGCCGACUCCGACGAAGAGAACGCGGCCGGAGAGUCACACGGCGGGCUGCAGCCGCAGGUGAUGCCGAGGGCUGGGUACCUGCGCUCGCCCUCCUGGACCCGAGCUCGGGAGCAAGGCAGGGAGAAGAAGCACCUCAGUGACCCAGAGCUGCCACCAGGACCACCAGACGCCUUCCUGCCCGCCGAGCGGCCACGGGAGCCCUAGGGGCUGCCCUGGCCCCGGGGAACGGACACGGGGAUAUGCCAGGGGACAGACACAGGGACACACCGGUGCCGGACGCUUCCCUUCAUCCCCACCACCGUUGGAGCCCGUUCCCGCCACCCAGCCCGGGGUGACUGGGGCGUAGGACUGGUGCUGUGGGGGUGCAGCUCGCCCAGAGGCACCGCGGAGCAGCCUCCGGGGUUGCGAGAGCAGCCCUGCGACGAGGCAGAGUUCAGCCCCGUGGAGGGAGGAACAGGGCCGGCCACAGACCGGGGUGGCACAGAUGUGGCUCCUGGGAGCAGGACGAGCAUCCCCAGCCCAGCAGAGCGGGGCCGGUGCCCGGUCCUCAUGUAGCAGCGCUGUGUUCCGGUAAAGCCCACCGACCUACUGCGGCUCUGCCCAUC